CUUGUGAUGCCCACAUCAUUGGACACACAAAAUGAAUCGAUCAAUCGCAUACAUAUGUCGUGUGAUUCGGUGCGCACACACGCACACACACAUGAAGCUGUACUGACUGUACACGGGCAACGCCACACGCACGCCAUUGUCGUCAUGCCAUCCAUCGAUGGCUGUUUACUUGACCAAUUGGCCGACCAGCAUGCCGCCCGACCCCACCAGUAUCCCCGCCACAGACACAACCCACAACCACCAAUCCCCCGCAGCACCAUCAAACGUCCUGCCCUGCCUCUUCCCCUCCACCUCCCCCUCCCCCUCCCCUCCCCCCCUCUCUCUCUGCGUCGAUCUGUCUUGCCACCCAAGCUGCUGCUGCUGCUGGUGGUAGUAGCACUUUCCCGGCAGCCGGCCAGUGGACUGCUGGUCGUAUGCAUAGUAGGCCGCGUAGAAGGAGCAGCUCUCUGUGGCCCACUCGGCGAUGGGAAGCUUCGCAGCUGUGUGGUGUUGUAUGGGGAAUGGUGUUGAUUCGAAUGUGAAAGUGCCGGUGGAUGCGAGGAAGUCGGUGACUCGUGUGGCGUUGAGGGGCUGCGGGAAGAGGUCAGUGCGGACCUCGGGAGUGGACUGCAGGUCAGCUGCACGAACGACACACAGACAGAGCACAAAGAGGGUGUGCGAGGGUGUGGGAAGGUGGUGGUCAUGGCUGGCUACGGUGGGUGCAUGCGGACGUAGGUACCAGGGUCGAGAGCGUCGAAGAAGUGCUGCAUGGUGUUGGUGGACCACGGCUGCAAGCCCUCCAGGUAGCGAAGGCUGUAAUACGUAAACCUGCGCACACACACGCACACACGUAUGCAGCUGAGCUGCGUUGCAACCAUCUUCCCUCCCUCCCUCCCUCCCUCUCAUGUGUGUCUUGUCUUGUCUUGCCCCCUCACCGCACCGCAGCGACGCAACCCACAUGCUGACCUGUCAAUGACGGCGAUGCCCACAUCCCUGUCGAUGUGGUGCGAGUAGGAGUUCUCCCCCAGCUUCGAGCAGCCGGCCGCCAGGAUGCCGGGCGAGUAGAAGCGGGUCUGCAGUGUGGCCGCCUGGCACGUGUCGGUGACGAACAGCACUUUGCCAUACCGCUGCUGCCGGUACAUCUGCUCGAACGCAUCAGCGAAGUCCUGGCUGGUGAUCUCUUCCCAGUCCUGAAACUUGAGGAACUCUUCGCCCCCGUGGCCCGUCAUAAAGAUGAAGACGUUGCUGUCGGCAUCGGUGAGCAGCCGCCGACUCUGCGCCACGAAGGGCGCCUGCCGGCCGGUGAGGAGGCGGAUGAAGCUCGUCACCGUCACCUCGUCGCCGCGAAAGUCGACCUCCACGCCGUGAGAGUUCUCGCCGCCGUAUAAGUUGAGCCUGUGGUCGGCGUCAUUGAAGAUGCUGCCGGGCGAGGGGGACCGGGGGUUGCAGGCUAUGUCCUCGGCAAGCAUCAAUAUGAUCUGAUCAUAUCACAGACAGACAGACACGAGGGAGGGAGGGACACAGGAGGGAGAGAAUAUUAUAUGGGAUCGCAUAUGCUCAUGCAUACAUAUGUACUGCGUGAGUGUGUGUCGCUGACUGACUGACUGGCGUGCAUGCCUGGUGGUCUGGAAUGCCGAGCCUCUUGACGGUGUGAUAGAAGGAGAGCGUGUUGGCCACAUGCCGGUAGUUGUACCAGUACCGGGACGUGUCCACUAUCACGGCCCAGUUGUUCCUCUGCUGGCCUGUUGACAAAGACGAUAAAGCAGCGACGGCCGCCCGGGGUGCGCCGAUAAAGCAUGCAACGGCAAGGAUCCACCAGACAAAGACAGACAGGGUCAUGACGGGGUGGUUGGUGGAGAGGACGAAAGGCUCUCAAGAUCCAUGAUCACCACAUGAAUGGCAACCAGCGUUGGACAGGCGAGAUGCAAUUGCAAGUCGAAACACGCAGUUUCAGCCUUCCGGGGGACUCGCGGGGCUGAUUAGGG